AUGCCUCCUCAUUCGGGGGGGUUAAGCGAGAGCCCCUCCAGCCCCGCAGCAGAAGCAGCAGCAGCAGAUGCUGCUGCUGAUGAUGAUGAGUUUGCUGCAGAUGAAGAGGAGCUUGAAGAGCUUGAAGCAGCAGUAGAAGCAGCAGACGAGCUGCCACCCUCCCCGUCUGAGUUUGCUGCCGACUGGGAAGACGCAGAUGCACCAGCAGCAGAAACAGAAGCAGCAGCAGCAGCAGCAGCAACAGCUGCUGCUGCUGCUGCUGCUGCUGCAGGUGGGGAGGGCUGCUCCUUGGACGCACUACAACAGCAGCAGCAGCAGCACCAGCAGCAGCAGCAGCAUCAGCAGCAGCAGCAGACCCAGCAGCAGCAGCAGCACCAGCAGCAGCAGCAACAGCGGGCUCCCCAGGCCUCUGCUCCUCGAAGGAUGCCUCCUCAUUCGGGGGGGUUAAGCGAGAGCCCCUCCAGCCCCGCAGCAGAAGCAGCAGCAGCAGAUGCUGCUGCUGAUGAUGAUGAGUUUGCUGCAGAUGAAGAGGAGCUUGAAGAGCUUGAAGCAGCAGUAGAAGCAGCAGACGAGCUGCCACCCUCCCCGUCUGAGUUUGCUGCCGACUGGGAAGACGCAGAUGCACCAGCAGCAGAAACAGAAGCAGCAGCAGCAGCAGCAGCAACAGCUGCUGCUGCUGCUGCUGCUGCUGCAGGUGGGGAGGGCUGCUCCUUGGACGCAGUGCUUGGCUUGGGAACUCUUAGCAGCAGCAGCAGCAGCAGCAGCAGCAGCAGCAGCAGUACUGUGAAGGCGGCCCCCAAGGGAGCGGCGGACCCCGAAGCUGCAGCAGCAGCAGCAGCAGCAGCAGCAGCAGAGCGGAAGGCUCGAGGUGCAUGCAUACGAAGAGCUCAGGAGCUAGAAAAGAUUUGGCUGCUGAGUUGGGCAGCCUGGCUGCAGAACCUCAGCAGCGCAGUUAUUGACGGACGCAGCAACAGCAGCAGCAGCAGCAGCAGCGGCUACAAGUGUACACCGUUGCUUCAGGCAGCAUGCCUUUCUGCAUAUAUUGCCUUCUGCAGCAAGGCCCAGCAGCAGCAGCAGCAGCAGCAGCAGCACAGUUCUCCUGCACAGCGAAGUCGCCGUUUGCUGCUCCAGCAUUUGCGGCAGCUGCAGCAACAAGUUCGAGAGGCUAAGGCAGCAGCAGCAGAAGCCGAUGCUGCUGCUGCUGCUGCUGCAGGAUUUGGAGAGGCAACGAGGCCCACUGCAUGCACAGCAGCAACAGGAGGAGACCGUAUGCGACGCGAUGCCUCGGAAGCAGCAGCAGCAGCAGCAGCUGGUGCUGCUGCUAAACCAGCACGCGCUGCUGCACCAGCAGCAGCAGCAGCAGCAGAAGCAGCAGCUGCUGCUGCUGCUGUGUCUGAUAUAGAUGAUGACUACUGCAUCCCCGCAGAUGGUUAUGCUGCUUUUUGUUUUAUUUCUGGGUUUCAUUUGCUGCCUGAGGGGCGUCUCCUGCACCCCUUCUUUGCUGCAUCUUUGCCUCCUGCUGCUGCUGCUGCUGCUGCUGCUGCUGCAGUGCGUAGGGCGCAGAACGCCCACCAACGGCAGCAGCAAGCUGCUGCUGCUGCUGCUGCUGCAAGAAUUUCAACCCAAGAGGUCGCUGCUGCCAAGUCCGCCUCAGAAGCAGCAGCUGCUGCUGUUCUCUCCAGCAUGCGUCACGCCUCACUGCAGCAGCAGCAGCAGCACGAACGGCAGCAGCAACAUCGUGCGCAGCAGGAUGGAGAACACCGACUCACAGUCAAGAGCGAGAACCCCAGCAGCAGCAACAGCAGCAGCAGCAGCAGCAGCAGCAGCAGCAGCAGCGAGCGCGUGGCUUUGCUGCACCCUGCGUUACCCCUUGCUUCGUCUCGCCGCAUGUCUUUCUCCUUUGGUUUUGCUGCUCUCCUAGGCAGAGCUGUAGGGGCGCUCAAUUCCUUUAAGGGUUCAAGCUCACUUCUAGCACUCCUUUUUGUUGCGCUGUGCCGCGCCUUGGAUUUGAAUGCCAGGCUGGUGGUGCUGCUGCCGCCUGCGGAGCUGCGCAUCCCCAAGAAUGAACGUGACAGUGCGUGCGUGUCUCCGCCUCCUCGCUGUAUAGUCCGUCUGUUUGAGGCGGCGGGGCUGCCUCUCCCUCCUUUUGCUGCAGCAGCAGGAGCACCUGCAGCAGCAACAGCAACAGCAGCAGCAGCAGCAGGGGAUGGACAGGUGAAGCAGCCGCUCUCAAGGAAGAGACAGAGAACUGCUGCAGCAGAGCUGGGGCAGCAGAAGUUGCUGCUGAGGGCAUCUCCUUACGACUGUCUCUUUACUAUUAGGAAGGAGCCCGAUUCAGCAGCAGCAGGAGGAGCAGCAGCAGCAACAGCAGCAGCAGCAGCAGCUCCUACCCUCGUCACAGCCAGCGGCCGCAUGCGUGCUGCUCCCACCCGUUUGCUGCCGCACAGGCGCCAGUGCCUCAUGAGAGGGGAAGGAGCAGCAGCAGCAGGAGCAGCAGCAGCAGGACAGGAGCUGCUGCCUCCUCUGAGCCGUCAAGAGCAGCUGCAGCUGCUGCAGCUGCACUCCCCGCUGCAGGUGUGGGGAGAGUUCUUCUGCCCUAAAGAAGAGAGAUGGAUAUCAUGUGAAGCAGCAGCACAGGAAGCACUGCAGCAGCUCUUCCUUAAGCGCUGCUGUGCGCUGCAGCAGCAGCAAAUAAACGAAUUGGCUAACCUGCAGGAACGCAAGAAGCAGCAGCAGCAGCUGCUGCUGCAGCAGCAAGAGCUUGCUGCUGCAGCAGAACAAAGCGCCCGCUCCCUUACCAGCGGACUCCUGCUGUCGGAGAGGCCUCGUCAGCGCGCGGGGGCGAGACGCAGCAACAGCAGCAGCAGCAACAGCAGCAGCAGCAGCAGCGACAGUGAAUCGGAAACUGAAGCAAAUGCUGCAGCAGGCAAGACCCAGGCGUAUGGCAGCGCAGAGACAAUAAGCAGAGACACUUCCGACAGCACAGCCUACACAGCAGCAGCAACAACGGCAGACGCAGCAGCAGCAGCAGCAGCAGCAGCAGCAAAAGGAGCAGCAGGGCGUCCUGCUGCUGCUUUGGGGUUAAGGUGGCCUCGCUACUGGGAGGCCGGGCGCUGGGGGAUUCUCUUUUUAAGGCCAGACCACCUAGCCCUACUGGUGUUCCCUUCGCAGCAGCAGCAGCAGCAGCAGCAGCAGCAGCAGCGCGUGCUGCGGUCUCCUCUGCUGCGGACGUUAUUGUGGCGCCUCCAAGGCAAAAUGUUAAACCCGCCGCAGCAACUGCAGCAACUGCUGCUGGAUGUAACAGAAGCGGAGGAGAGUGCGCAGGGUGAUAACACCAACAGUAGCAGCAGCUGCAGCAGUAGCAGCAGCAGCAGCAGCAGCAGCAGUCUGCGCGACACCACCGCAGCGCCGCACGAAAUAGCAGAGGAGGCAGCGCUUAUUGCUGAUGAAUUUGCUGCUGCAUGGAAGCAAAGUAGCAGCAGCAGCAGCAGCAGGAAGCGAGGCCUGACACAGUCUGUAGGGCGUCCCGGCAAUGCAACCCGGGGCAGCAGCAGCAGCAGCAGCAGCAGCGGCAGCAGCAGCAGCAGCAGCAAUAAACGCAGGGCUGCAGGGCCAACAAGCUGCGGUGAACUUUUGGGGUUAGAUUUUCUUCGUGCCCGGAGACAGGGGAGGGGAGGCCUGCUGCAGCGGCAGCAGCCUCCUCUGAAGCAGCAGCAGAAGCAGCAGCAACACCAACAAUCCCUUCCGCAGCAGCAGCAACAGCAGCAACCGAUGCACGAAGAGACAGCUACAGACACCCUGGCGCCGAAAGAUAGCAGCAGCUGCAGCAGUAGCAGCAGCAGCAGCAGCAGCAGCAGUCUGCGCGACACCACCGCAGCGCCGCACGAAAUAGCAGAGGAGGCAGCGCUUAUUGCUGAUGAAUUUGCUGCUGCAUGGAAGCAAAGUAGCAGCAGCAGCAGCAGCAGGAAGCGAGGCCUGACACAGUCUGUAGGGCGUCCCGGCAAUGCAACCCGGGGCAGCAGCAGCAGCAGCAGCAGCAGCAAUAAACGCAGGGCUGCAGGGCCAACAAAUUGCGGUGAACUUUUGGGCAGCAGCAGCAGCAGCACUCUGCAGCAGUCUGGAUCGGGCUUCUCCAUUCUCUUAAAGACUCAGCAGCAGCAGCAGCAGCAACAACAACAGCAGCAGCAGCAGCAGCAGCAGCCGCUGGUGUCUGCGUUGGAGCAGCAAGGCCGCGCAGCAGUUCGCUUCAUUUUGGCUGUGGAUGCAGCGGGGGAGCUGAGGGAUGUAACCCAUAGAUAUGUUAGGAGCUGGCAGCAGGUGCUGCAGCAGCGCGGCACUCGGCUGCAUCAGUGGUGGGAGAGCGAAGGAGUGCGGAAGGCGCUGCGGCGUGGUGGCCCAGCAGCAGCAGCAGCAACAGCAACAGGUGCAGCAGCAGGUGCAGCAGCAGCAGCGGGAGAGUCUCCUUGCUGCGAGGAGGCAUCUGUUGCUGGAUUAGGGGGUGCAACAGAGAAGGAGACGGAGGCGCAGCGACUGAAGGAGCAGCAGAGACAGCAGCAAAUAGCAGCAGCAGAGGAGACAGAGAGACAGAGAUUAAUAGCCAGCGAGCCCCUCCCCACCUCCCGUCGGGGGUUCAUCGACAGCCCCAAAUUCGUCCUGCGCAGUCUGCUGCAGCAGCCUUCUGCUCACUUGGCAUCGCUAACGACAGCUCAAGUGCUGCGACGGUAUCCACAUUUGCUGCGGCAGCAGCAGCAGCGGCAGCAGCAGCAGCAGCUGGCGUUGCAGCAGAUGUGGAGUCGCAAGCGGCUGCUCCAGACAGCCAAAAACCCGUCUCAAGUGCUGCGACGGUAUCCACAUUUGCUGCGGCAGCAGCAGCAGCGGCAGCAGCAGCAGCAGCUGGCGUUGCAGCAGAUGUGGAGUCGCAAGCGGCUGCUCCAGACAGCCAAAAACCCGUGUCUCCGUGCAGAGCUCCAGCAGCAGCAGCAGCAGCCGCAGCAGCAGCAGCAGCAGCAGCAGACGCAGGAGGUGGGGUUGUUUGCAGAGUAUCAGACAGAACCAAUGCAGAGACAAAGUGUCUCCAAUGGCCGUCUCCCUGUGGGGCCCCACGGCACAAUCGAGGUUGGCGAGCUUGGGCCAGUGCCUAUUGGUGCUGUUCAUUUGUCUGUCUCCGCUUGGCAGCAGGAGAAUCCAAAGUCUCCUUUAAGCAGCGCAUCCUUAGGACAAGCGCUGCAUGCAGCAGCAACAGAAGUUGUGGGGCCCCUCAGCAGCUGCUGCUGGGCCCCUGCAGUUGUGGGGUUUGAAAGGGAGGCGGGGGGCCCCUGGGCAGCAGUGCGCGACGGGGUGGUGGUGGUAGAGACAGCAGCAGCAGCAGUGAAGAUCAGGUGGCAGCAAAUUGCUGCUGAGAGAACAGCAGCAGCAGCAAAGAGACAAGAGAAAGCAAGAGACGCAAAACUACAAAUAUCAUUCAAAAAGUGGAGGGCCCUCUUUAAAGCUGUCCUCUACACAGCGACAUACACGCAGCAGCACCCGCUGCAGCUGCAGCAGCAGGUGCAGCAGCAGCAGGUGCAGCAACAGCAGCAACAACAGAAAGAGGAAGUAGUCUCUGGGUUAAGAGAGGGGCCUUCGUUGCUUCUGCCCAGUGUCUCCUCAGCAAAAGCUGCAGAGACACCGGAGACGGAUGCCAAGAAGCCUGCUGCAGCAGCUGCUGCAACAGCAGCAGCAGCAGCAGCAGGCACUCCCGCAGCUGAAUGGGAGAUAAUAUAG